AUGAAACGAGCAUAUAUUAAGGAAGGUGCUGUACAAUUGACAGCUUUAGAUUCACUACUCACAUCUUCCCGAUAUUUCUUCCUCUUCUCGGAUCUUCUUCUUAUUGCCAAACAAAAAGCAACGAAUAGUUAUAAAUUGAAGGAGAAAAUUCGUUUGGAUCGAAUUUGGUUAGUGUCAAAUGAUUGUCCACAUUCUUUUCUCAUCGGAUGGCCAAUUUAUAAUUUCAUAGCUCAUUUUGCAACAGAAGAUCAGAAACAAGAAUGGGAAAUGCUAUUGCAACGACGAAUAUUACGAAGUCGUGCAAAAAUUUUACCUAGAUUUACGACGAUCCCGGUUUCGGUACUAAUCGAUGGACGUGCACAGGUGAUGAAGAAGAAAAUUGGCAUAUCGCAAACGACAAAUGAAAUUUUGCACGAGCUUGUUAAUGAAUUAGCUAUACCAGUGGAGGAAGAAGUAGAAUUAUCAUUUGAUGCGGGUAAUGGAGAUGGUAUUAGCACAUUGCAAGGACCCGAAUGUGUCUUUUGUAUUGUAAUGGAACAUGUUAAGAAUACUGGUUAUCGAUUAUCUGAAAUACAACUGGAAAAGAUCGAUGCACUACCAUUGAUUCAAUGUCGUUUAGUGUUAGCUUCUGCUGGCAACAGUCAUUCAUCGACAUCUUCCAUUGUUUCACAUUUCAAACGUGUAUUAAGUCGAUCAGAAUCUCGACGUUUCUUUGGACGACCAUUGGAAGGUUCAUCGCCGCCUCAACCAGUGCUAACAAUGAUUGACCAUUUGAUGCUUCAUGGAGUGGACAUCGAAGGUUUAUUCCGAAAAUCACCCAAACAGAGUACUGUACGUAUGCUACGGGCGCAACUUGAUCGCGGUUCAGUACCGGAUUUCUAUCAAUUUAAUCCACAUGUCACCGCUGCUCUUCUGAAAGAAUAUCUUCGAGAAAUCCCCGGGAAGUUACUCCUAUCGGGAAAUUUCGAGUUAUGGGCAUCAGCAAUGGAACAAACGAUUGAUUGUCAAAAAGCUGUACGCAGACUGUUGCAUAUGCUACCAUCCUCACAUUCCGCUCUUCUUUCCAAAUUUCUUCGAUUACUUCGAGCAAUUGCAAAUUCGCCACAAUCAAAAAUGACUGCUCAAUCAUUAGCUGUUUGUGUUGCGCCCAGUCUUCUUGACAAUCCGAAAGGAGGUUCGGCUACAAGUUGGCUACCAGAUUUGGCGGAAUAUCUUAUUGUCAAUGCACCAUUCCUUCUUGAACCGUUCAAGGAUGUUCAACUUGCUAUUUCGUCAUCCGUUUCCAAUGAUUCCGGAUUAUCGGACGUUGAUUUGUGCUUGGAAACAUCGGUUAGUAAUUCAGAUUCCGGUUUAAUUGGAUCACCUGUAUCUAGUUGUUCCUUGGGUGUAUCACAAUCACCCAAGUUAACUUAUAGCAAAUGGGAACAUCGUCCUCUACAAACAUCAUCUUCAGGAUAUCUUGUAAGUAACAGCACUUCAACAGAGGGUGAAGAGGAAGAGGAAAUUGGUACAGAAGUAGAACCGGAAGAUGAUGAUAAGACGCCAGUACUUUCACGUGAAAACUCGGAUGUACAGAAUAAAUCAAUAACACCAGUAUGGAAAUGGGAAAAAGAUGAGAAGAAAAAAAUUGAAGAAAAGUCAUUCUCACGUGGUCCAUCAAUUUGUUCAAUUGAAGAAAAGUCAUUCUCACGUGGUCCAUCAAUUUGUUCAACUGAAGAAAAGUCAUUCUCACGUGGUCCAUCAAUUUGUUCAAAUUCAUCCAGGCGAAAUACAAUUAUUAGUGAUGAAAAUGGUGACAAACGAUGUACAGAAUGGAAAUCUCGCCGAGAAUUUGGUACUUCGUCACCAUGUCGACGAAAAAUUGAAGGAAGUCCAGCAUCACUUCGUCGAUCAGGUACAUUAGAUGGUAGUCCUUCAUCCAAUCGGAAAUCUGUUACAUUCGAUCCAGAAAGUCCAGUGUUAGCACGGAAAAGUUCAACAAUAAGUACAGCAUCGCUACAUUCUGAUUCAACCCUACAAACAUCAGUACCAACAGAUUUGCCUGAAAGUCCAAUUCUGUUACGUAGAGGUAGUUCAAAACGUGCAGAAAGAAGUCCCAUCGUGCAAAGAAAGACAGCAACUUCAGUGAUUGAUUCAGGAAUUCAUUUUGCUUCACCACUUCCGCCUCGUCGAAGAGAAGUGGAAACACAAGGCCUGAAUUCACCUUUAGCCAGACGAAAAGAUUUAGAAACCAGUUCACAUUCUCCGGUAAUACGACGUAAGGAAUCUCUUCUUGCACAAACACGACGUGAAUCAUUCAGACGGCAAUCGGAAAAUAGCAAUAAUGAACCUGGACCAUCUAGUGUACGUCAUAAUGUAGCCCGUAAAUAUUCAUUUCCGGAAGGUAAAAUAUGGUAUGUUGACGAUGCAAGUAUAUAUCAUCAUCAUGAUGAUGAGGAAAAUGCAUUAUUAGAAACGAAAUCAUUUCAGAUGCCAUUGAUAGCAUCACCAAUUCUUCGUACAAGUAAUACUCACAAUAAAAUAUUGGCACGACGUGCAUUAGAACGUAUUGGUGGCGCAGAAACGACUGCAUCAAAACUAUUAUCUAGGCAGUCACCGCCACAUAAAUCAGACUUGAAGCAAAAUAACGCUUCUGUAAUAGAUCUUAAUUUGAUUUCCAAUACAACUGAUGCUAAUAAUUCUAAAGAUACUACAAUCAGGACUAAUCCAGAAAAUCGUAACCAUAAUGGCAAAGUGGAAGUCGAACUUCGUUAUUCAACAGCUAAUGAGAUCAGGAAGGUAGUAGAAGCUACAAACACUAAUCGAAUUCCAUCAAAAUUACCAAAGCAAUCAUUGAUUCAAAAAGAAGUUAAGAAGUGUAACAAUAUUGAAGUAACUGCAACGCAUAUAAAGAAUGAUGUAGGACCACGUGUGCCAUUGCAACAACGUGAAUCAACAAUCAGUAAUGGUGUUCGAAUUCGAAAGAAAACUCGAAGUAUUCUAAUGGAAUCGUUGGAAGUAAACUGGUCAGUAGAUGAGAUACGUUCAAAAUUUCAAAAAGCUUCUGAACCACCACCAUUUCUUGACACCAUUUAUUCCAGUAUUCAUUAA